AUGAAGACAAGAGGAGACGCGUUUUCAGGACAGUUUACCACACCCCCAUGUCCAGACCACGGUACGGCCCUGCGUUUAAUGGGAGCUGGUACAGGAAGUCGUCUGUACUGCAACGCGACGUUCGACGGGUGGCUGUGUUUUGACUACACCCCGGCUGGAUCAAACGUCUACCAACCAUGCCCUGUAAAUAUGCAUCCCGGGUUUCUUGAUGACGCCUUUGCCGUCAAGCAGUGCAUGCCGGAUGGACGUUGGUACAGACACCCGUACACACAGAAAAUAUGGACGGACUAUCGGCCCUGCUCAAGUCUUGGCAACAAGUACAGCGUCAUCAUGAUGUACAUUUCCGGCUACUCUCUUUCAAUUGUACUCCUGCUCGUCAGUAUUUGCAUUUUUAACCUAUUUAGACAUCUGAAGUGUAACAGAGUGACUCUGCACCAGCACCUGUUCGUGUCGUACAUCCUCACGGGACUGUUCUGGAUCAUCUACUACACCCAGGUCUCCAUGCAGACAGACGUCGUGCAGAACAAUCCGACGUGGUGCCGCGUCCUGCACGUGGUAACUCAGUACAUAACUCUGUGCAACUAUUGCUGGAUGUUGUGCGAGGGCUUCUACCUGCACACUAUCAUCGUCCUCACAUUCACCAAGGAAAAAAUGCUUCUGUGGAUUUGUUUCAUCUUCGGCUGGGGAUUUCCUCUUAUUCCUACACUGAUUUAUGCCGGUCUUCGAAGUAUGGACGCAAGUGAUAACACCCAAUGUUGGCUUCACAACUCCAACCUUGUCCGUGUCAUUAUGGUGCCAGUGAUUGUUUCGCUUCUGAUAAAUGUUGUAUUCCUCGCCAAUAUUCUGAGAAUUCUCUUUUCAAAACUUCGUGCCUUCAACACUAAUGAGACGCAUCAAAACAGACGAGCUGUGCGCGCCAUUUUGAUUCUGAUUCCACUGCUCGGCAUCCAGUACCUGGCGCUGCUCGUCCGCCCCGACACCAGUCCCCAGGCUCUCUACAUAUUCGACAUGGUGUCCGCGCUGCUGGUUUCUUAUCAGGUCAGUUCUAAAUUCAUUAGCUUAUGUCUUUUAUAAAACUUUCCCACCACCGCCCCACCCCCUCCCCUCCCUAAAAAAAGAAAGAAAAACCCACAAAAAAAAAAUGAAACGAAACAACCCCCAUCCAAUAAACAACUCAGCAACCCCGUCAACCAAAAGAAAAACCCAGAAAAAAGAAGAAGAAAGAAACAACAAAAAAA